AUGUUAAAGGGUAUCAAUGAUUUUCUUCGUGAACAAGGUAAAGAUGGUGGACUUCGCGUCCAUCCAACUCCUUCUGCAAAAGAGUUCCAGGACACCUUUCUAUUUAUCUAUAAUAUCACUUUCGACGACGAUCGAGUACCAGGAGCGAGAAAGAUGGACGAAGAAGUUAUCGAAUUACUCAGAGUCGAACGUUACACUGGAUGGUGCAGAUAUAUGAGGCAGUCGAGGACCCAGAGGAGGAAGGAACAACAGAUACACCUUUCGAUCCACCUCGACUACUUCGUCUAUUCUUGUGCUACCUCGGAGAGUUUAAGUUUGGCUAAUUCCGCGGCAAGUUCGUCCCUGGUCUUCGAGUCUUUGUCAAGGGAUGAUCUCUCAUCUUCAACUCUUCCCUCUGAUAUGAAUUAUCAAUCCAAACAUCUCCGAGAUAGCACAAGAAUAGACGAAGUAGUCGAG